UUUGGAGCAGGGAACGCCACACAAGCACUGAAAGCAGGAAACAGCAGCCAAGUGAACUGAUCUGCGGGAAUUAAGAUAAAGAACCGCCCUGGUCUGAUGGGGUUUAGAGGGGUAAAUCUUGGGAUUAUGAUGUCAGGUCAGGCGCUGUGGUGGAAGAGGAAAUUUAAUUGUCAAAGGGAAUCAGACGGCCAGGAUUAUGCCACGGUUAGUGUGGAGAUAGAGUCAGACUCAGGUCUAUUUACCCAGUGCUACCUCGGAUGUAAUUGCCAUGGAAUGGGGUUCUCCACUUUAGAAGGGGCGGAAUUCCAUACAAAAUCUUCACACUUUCGGAUCGGGACAACUAAAUGAAACAGAACUGUAUUUAUAGGCACAAUAGAACAAAUGUAGCUUGUGCCAGACCCAGCAAUUGCCAUUGACGGUUUAACCAAAACCAGAAAAAUGAAGGUGAAGUGGACUCAACUGGGCCUGGUCUUUUUCUUACUGCUGUCCAUCAUCAUGACUGCUUGCUUCAUUUGGCAGUACCAGCUGCCCAAGUUAGUGACAGAUGAUAAUGGUGGGGGAAGAUCCAAAUCUUUGCGAAUGUGCCCUCGGUUCCCGGAGCCCACACUUCUGGAACACCCCAUCCCCAGUUUGAAGGAGGCGCUUGAGAAAGUUGACGCACUCCUGCGCAAUAGCAUCAACCCCGUCAGUCUGCCCUCAUUGUCAGCGAUUGUUACUUACAAUGACACAGUGCUGUGGACGGGGAACUUCGGCAAAAGAAAUGGAAGUGAUCCUAACUCUGCACCACCAAAUGAAUACACCAUUUACAGGAUUGCCAGUAUAUCAAAGAUCUUUCCCACCCUGAUGCUGUAUCGAUUGUGGGAAGAUGGCAAGGUGGGCUCCCUGGAUGACCCCCUGGAGAAGUAUGUGGACAACUUCACCAUUAAAAACCCCCUUGGCAAAAGCAGAGACUCUGAGCUGAAAUACGUCACGGACGGGCUGAUCUUCCUUGACAGUGGCGAGGUUCAAAUCAGAUCGUCCUCGGUAACGUUAAGGAGAAUGGCCAGCCAGCUUUCUGGUCUACCCCGAAGGCUCCGUGGAACUAACUUGCUGUGGAAAGGGAAGACAAAGGCUGCAAUCAGUCUCCUGCAAGAUGAUGUGCUCAUCGCAGAUCCAGGGACCAAAUGUCACUACAGCAAUUUGGCCUUCUCUUUGCUCGCCCAUGUCCUGUCUGAGAGAAUUGUGGGUAUUAAUUACCAGCGAUGGGUCACAGAUAACAUUCUGGGCAGGUUGGGAAUGGAGGACACAGGGUUUGACAUCAGCCCUGCUAUCCAAAAUCAAAUGGCUGUCGGUGUGUACGCCAGUGGCCAAAUGGCGCCUCUUUAUGACUUGGGGUGGUACCGCCCCUCGGGCCAGAUGUAUUCGACGGCGGCUGACAUGGCUAAGUUAUCCAUGAUGUUGCUGGGAGCCUAUCACCGCAAGCUUUUGGAGCCCGACACCUUAAAAAUUAUGCUAACCCCACUGUUCCGCUGCGACAAAGACUACUUCGCCAAUCGCACAGGAACGCCGUGGGAAGUGAAUGAACAGAUGGGAUAUGAGGUGCUACGCAAGGAUGGUGAUCUGGACGGCUAUUCCGCUACAUUCUCUCUGGUUCCUCGGCUUAAGCUAGGCUUGGUUGUGCUAAUGGCGGGCACACGACCGCAGAACCAGGAUGUAGUGUCGAAGGCAUACUCUUAUAUCAUUCCCGCCAUGCAAAGGGCUUUUAGGGAGGCCAAGCGGUUUCUUAUUCCUCCCCCCAAUCCUGCUCCCUACGUGGGCUUUUACACUUACGGCAACAUCACGUUUUAUGAGAUUAAAGCGGGGCCAGAUGGUGUCUUGAUCAUGCAGCAGUUUGGACCUCAAAUUGAAGAUCUCAUCCCUGAGCGUUACCGGACCAUAAAAUUGAAUUACUUAGUGGACCGAGUCUUUAAAGUUGUGUUCGAGAAAGAAUAUCCCUGUGUACUGCUUGUCAACACCGCAUCCGUGUCCCUCGAAGCCCAAGAUGGACAGCUUUUUAACUUUUAUGUCUUUGACAAGAAGGGUGUGUCUCCCGGAUUCGACGCUCCAGGGCUCAACACAUAUAAUGUGAUCCGGAUAUCCCGCAGACCCACGUUCUCCAACUAAGGAUGAAAUGGGUUCUGAAAAACUGUGAUCUGAGACAUUGGGGCUUUAUAUAUGAGCGAUUGGGUCAAAUUACUGUAAAACAGAGUAGGGUUACCACUGUCUUUGUUUGUCCUGUAUAGCUUGUUUAACAUAUGAGGAAAUUUCAGUAUAAUCUAUUUUUGCACAUGCGUUCAUGUCCUUGUACAUAAAGAUGUCCUUAUAUUUUCACAUUUUUCCUUAUUAUAUAACUUGUAAUUGUACAGUUCCUGUCAAAAGUUUGGAAUCAUUACAAUAUAAGUUUAACCGAGGUUGCAUUUAUUUAAUUUAAUCAAAAAUACAGUCAAAGCAGUAAUAUUGCAAAAUAUAAUACAAAGUUAAAGAACUGUUUACUAUGUGAAUCUAUUUUAAAAUAUGUAUUUAUUCCUGUGAUGGCAAAGCUGAGUUUUUGAAACUCCUUUCAAGACCUUGGCAGGUACUGUAUUUAAACCUCUUUGUGUUGUGUACAGUUACCUUUGUAAGUUAUUAAGGCAAUUUUCUGAAUCUAACAUGAAUCAUUUUCAAUUAAAACAACAUCAUACAAACAAUGAGAUUUGUCUAACUAAGUCACUG